AUGCCUUCAGAUCCUUCUUUGACCAAGAAGAACAUUCAUAUGAUCAGUCAAAGAAUUAAUCAAGACUAUAAGGAAUACCUAAAUUCAAAAGUUAAACAAACCUAUGAUGAUUUUUUUAGCCAGUUUAAUUGCUAUGUUCAAACCUCCUACACAAACCAAAAUUACAUGAGAUAUCCUUUCCAGUCCACAAAUGAAUCAAACAAAGAUCUUCCUGUCUUUAAAGAGUCACAGAUUAGCUUUAUUCACAAUCUAUCCUUUCUAUCUAAAAUGGUUUAUAAAUAUGAUUCUCCAUUAGCUCAAGAAAAGGUUUUUGAGGUUAUAGACUUUGACAAAAUUUACGACAAAGUAUACAAAAGAAUCCAACAGCAAAAUUCUAAAAGAAAAUCAAAAGAAAACUUUCAAAAUGAAUUUCUUAAUUACGAUUAUGAAGACUUCUUAGUAAUGGAACUACUAUCCUGGUUUAAAAACGACUUUUUUGCUUGGGUCAACAUACCUCAUUGUGAAAAUAAUGAAUGUUUAAACGACGACGAAUCUAAAAUCGUUUUUGUUAAGAACGAUUCGAUCCAAGAACCUAAUCAUUGCUCUUUAUUUAAAAACCUAUUAUUUAAUUUUAAAAAAUUUGCUCAAGAUGGCGAAGCUAUUAAAACCGAAGUCUAUAAAUGCACAAACUGCUCUUCAAUAAUAAAGUUUCCAAGAUAUAACGACCCGGUAAAAUUAUUACAAACGAGAAGAGGGAGAUGUGGUGAAUGGGCUAAUUGCUUCAUGCUUAUCCUAAGAAGCAUGAACAUCAACGCAAGAUACAUUUGGAAUCAAGAAGAUCAUGUCUGGACUGAAUAUUACUCAAAUUCUUUAAAAGAUUGGAUUCACCUCGAUCCUUGUGAAAAUUCCUACAACCAACCUGAUCUCUAUUCAAAAAAUUGGGGCAAAAAGAUGAGCUACGUCUUUGGUAUUAGUAACGAAAACGUUAGAGAUUUAUCAUCAAAAUACAUUGUUGAUAGAUCCAAACAAUUACCACGAGAUUUAAUUGAUGAAGAAAUCCUUAAAAAUACAAUUGUUUUCCUAAAUGCUGUACUGAAAAAACGUUUAAAUGAUAAAAAUAAAACCUACCAAGCCUGUAUAAGAGAUAAUAUUGAGUUUUACAGACUAACCAGAAAAAAAUUAAUCAAUUUUGAUGAAUAUAACACUCAAUCUGAACCAAGUUCUGAACCCAAAUCCAACCAAGCUGGAAGAAUCAGUGGUUCUUCUGCCUGGAAAAAAGAAAGAGGCGAAGGAGGUGUUUGA